UUCUGGGGCAUCCAUCCUAAAGGAAGUGUAAGGGUGGUGGGGAGGGGGCGAGGAUGGAGACUGGCUCCCCAGAUUGGCAGGGGGAUGGAUUACAGAAGACCGCUCAGGAGUCCACCCAGAGCACAAGUGGACUUCAGGGGAAGUCCUGCAGUUCAGAGAGGCUGCAUGUGGAGUCACCCCGUUUGAAGAGUCCUCAGGAAGUUUGGGGGAGGGGCGCUCCCUCCUGGUCUGCGCGGGGGCGAGGAGCGCCAAGGGCUGCUGCAGGUCUCCCGGCUCCGCUGCAGGGUCUGCGGGGCGCGGGCCGGGGGCUUUGGGCGCGGGGACAUGGCUGGCGUGGAGGGGCUGGUCCUGCUCAACGCCCUGGCCACCAGGUUGCUGUUCGUGCUGCACUCUCUGGUAGGGGUCUGGCGGGUGACCGAAGUGAAGAAGGAGCCGUGGUACUGGCUGCUGGCGCUGCUCAACCUGCUGCUCUUUCUGGAGACCGCACUCACCCUGAAGUUCAAGCGUGGCAGAGGCUACAAAUGUAUUGCAGUAGUCAAUCUGAUGGAAAGUCACAGAACAGCAGCAGCAAAGAAGACUUUAAUCAAACUCUGGUGCCAAGUGAACCAACCUAUGCAUCGGAGGACCUCAUUGAAACGGCCAAAGUGUUUGUAAACAAUUUAUCUACAGUAUGCGAGAAAGUUUGGACUCUGGGGCUCCAUCAGACAUUUCUGCUAAUGCUCAUCAUCGGAAGAUGGCUUUUACCCAUUGGAGGUGGAAUCACACGUGACCAACUCUCACAGCUUCUUCUUAUGUUCGUGGGAACAGCUGCUGACAUAUUAGAAUUCACAAGUGAAACCCUAGAAGAACAAAAUGUGAGGAACAGCCCUGCACUAGUCUACGCUAUUCUGGUUAUAUGGACAUGGAGCAUGCUACAAUUUCCACUUGACUUGGCAGUCCAGCAUGUUGUGUGCCCCUUAUCUGUGACAUCAAGAGGCUUCCCCAGCUUGUUCUUUUGCCAAUAUAGUGCAGAUCUGUGGAACAUUGGAAUCAGUGUCUUCAUACAAGAUGGCCCCUUCCUUGUUGUGCGCCUCCUACUGAUGACCUACUUUAAAGUGAUAAACCAGAUGCUGGUGUUCUUUGCUGCAAAGAAUUUUCUUGUGGUGGUGUUACAGCUCUACCGCUUGGUGGUGCUGGCGUUGGAUGUCCAUGCCUCCUUGAAAAAUCAACCAAAAGUCCUGAAAAGAGAACAUCGCUCCUUGAGUGAACCAGCUGAGAGCGGGAUUUCACCAGGUGGCUGGGGAACUGGUUCUAAGGAAGGCUUGGCUAUUCCUUUGAGAGAUUCACCUGUCACCAGUGAAGACUGAUUGAUGACUAUUGAAUCAUGGCCCCGUACAACUGGAACCUAUGACUUUUUUAUUCUUAAAGAGAGUUUCCCUCCAUUUUUUUUAAUCUUUGGAAUAUAAUAAUUUUCAAAAGAAGAUCACACAAAGUGAUCUGAAUCAAAGAUGAAGAUUUUUUUUUUUCAACUACAUGGAAGGAACUUUGACAAGUAGCCAGUGCUACAAUUUCUUUGUGACGGUGCCAACUAUUAUAGUUGUUCAAUGAAUAAGUGAUUUGUUUGUCUCCAAGUAUUUGAAAAACUAUGGGCAGGGUUACAGCAGCAUGCCCUAAAAGAAAAAAAUAUUAUAGACAAACUUGCUGCUGGUACCUGAAAAUAGAGAAGCUUUGAACUCUGGCUCCAUUGUCAGACUAUCUCAUUUGAUCCUUUCUUCAGUGUCCCUUUGACAUAAAAAAAAAAAAAUGUACAUUCAAUGAAUGCAGAACAAGUGAAGGGAAUAGUGCCUUUAAAAUUACCUCACUGUGGGCUGGGAGCAGUGAAACUCUCUGUCCAGUUUUCAUAUCAUUGAGAGCGCUCUUCAUCGCUGAACAGGCCUUCCCAGGAAAAUCGUUUUUCUGAGCUGGUGUGGUAUUCAGUCAUGGUACAUACGUUCUUACAGAAAUUCUAUUGCUUUUGGCUGGGACACUGUAAAAUUCACCACAAACCAUUUUGGUUUCAUCUCUACUGGUUGUGAGGCAGGAACUGCUGACGAAAUACUAAGUCACCGUUUUUAGUCUGAACAUGAUUUAUAGUAUCUGUCAUUAUUUUCCUUCACUUUAGCCUCUCCUGAAUUGCCAAACUGAGUUACGUGGAUUGAGGGAGGAAAAUGCUGGGGGAGUGAAUAAAGUUAUUUCCAGGCUUUUGGGUGCUAACCAUG